GUGUGACGCCUACCGUUCACUGCGCGCACUCACUUCAACAUCAAGCUUACGCUCGCGCUGGAGCUGCGCCUGUUAGUGUCCAGCACGCACCAAAACAAGGAUUUCGAGGUUUGUAAUUAAUUUAAAAAAUUGGGAAAUGGCCCAGAAAGACACAGAAAUGAACGAAAAAGGAGUUUCUUCUUCUACCAGCGGAGUUGUUGUUCAAGUCAGGGAGAAGAAAGGAGCUUUACGCGCUGCCAUCCCAUAUAUGCCUUUCCCAGUAGCUGUCAUCUGCUUGUUUCUCAACACAUUUGUGCCCGGACUGGGUACAUUCAUCUCAGCCUUCACAGUUCUGUGCGGAGCGAGGACAGACCUUCCCGACAGGCACAUGUGCUGUGUGUUCUGGCUGAACAUCGCAGCUGCCUUCAUUCAGAUCGUCACUGCCAUUGUCAUGGUGGGCUGGAUCAUGAGCAUAUUUUGGGGAAUGGACAUGGUCAUUCUCGCAAGCUACAGGGAGCAGGCCACCCCUCAGCAGCUCUGAUUGUUGUCGUCCAAGCCCUAAUCUUGAAUGUGCACCUUUCUCCUGCGCUGUCCGGCCAACAUGCAUGGGAGCUUUGAGGCGGACCCCACGUGGCCUGGGAGAUCCAGCGGUUGAUCACAUGCAGAUUUUCAGCCCAACUCCUGCUACUUCCUGUCCUGUCAGGUACUGCAUCAAGGGGACCUGACUGUUGAGGGACAGCAGAAAAGAAUGAACAUUCUGUGAAUAUCUAAAAAAAAUUGUGCAAACGUACAAAACGUCCAUGUGCCGAACACAUUAUAUUCCUGUCAGGGAAAACCGAUCUUAAUCGUACUUAACUCUGUAGUCUUAAUGUAUGUAUUAAAUUGACCAAUAUUCAUUAUGAACAUUUUCAGUUUGUAGAAAAAAAAAUUGUUAAAGAGCUUUGAGGUGUCUAAUAAAGUAGCUGAAAGAAUCUUAAAGGAACAGUACACACAAAAUUACUGAACCUCAUGUUUGUUCAUAUGAAAUCAAAAUAAAAUACAUUUUUGGGUGAACUAUCCUUUUAAAAUGUUGCUUCUCACAGAGCACUGUGAUUACAUAUUACACUAAAUAUUUGUGCAUUACAGUGUCUACAGUAUUUCUUUAUAGUGUGCUGUGUUUUAUUACUUAAAUUAAGCAUUAUAAAACAGAAAGUGUGUAUUUGUUUUAUAAAACAUAACUUGUAUUCUGCACAAAUUCAUCACCUGUUAUUGUUAAUCUCUAUUAGUCCUCAUACCCAGAGACUACCAGCCAGAAACAUAACCUUUUUCUCCAGUAAUAAUCUGUUGUUAAGUAAAACAGCCAAGUAUUGGUGAAUCAUUGUAUGCCAGUUUCCAUAGUGACUGGCCACUUUAAUCAACCCAUGCGUAGGGUAUGAAAUAACGCAAUUAAGUGCGAGUUAUUUUUAUGUGACCGACAUAGGAGAAAGGCAUGGCGCAAAUUGAAAUAGGCAAAACAUUAUGAUUUAAGACUGACAUUGAAAAAUGAACCACUAAUUUCCAAUGG